AUGAGGGGAGGUAAGCAAUCGAUUGCUGUAACCAAACUCCCAUAUUUUGGUAUAGCAGUGAAGGCCCGUCCUCUUACUCCGAACCGUGCCAGCAGCCCUGCUGCCAUCAAGGUGAACUGUCAUGGCUCAUGUGGGAUCUCCAACAAAAUGAACGACACUGCAUGGAGUCUGGAGGAGCAGUACUUCAACAGCAUGCUGUCUGUGGCUGACAAAGGGACUCUGUCACCGGGCGAACACAAUUUCCCAUUUCAGUUUCUCCUUCCAGUUUCUGUCCCAACCUCCUUUGAGGGACCCUUUGGAAAAGUUGUUUACCUUGUAAAGGCGGCCAUUGACACGCCCCGCUUCUCCAAGGACUACAAAGCCCAGAGGCCCUUCUACCUACUCAACCCUCUCAACCUCAAUGAGGUCCCUGACAUCGGACAUCAGAGUUAUGCUUUUACCACGAAGAAGUUCAGCUACCUCCUGGUGAAAACGGGGACCCUGAUGCUGAAAACUCAAAGUGACAUGAAGGGUUACAUACCGGGUCAGGUCAUCAAGUUAGCCACUGAGAUCCACAACAAGUCUGGGAAAGACACUGGAUAUGUACUGGCCAGUCUCAUGCAGAAAGUGACAUACAAAGCCAAGCGGCCCGUGGUUGACCUGCGUGCCAUCGCGGAGGUGGAGGGAGCCGGAGUGAAGGCAGGAAAACACGCCGAGUGGAGGGAGCAGAUCAUUGUUCCUCCUCUUCCUCAGUCAGCACUUGCCGGCUGCAGCCUCAUAGACAUCGAUUAUUUCAUUCAGGUGUCAUUAAAAUCCCCAGAAGCCAUCGUCACCCUGCCGAUCUACAUCGGGAACAUCCCCGUGAACUUGUCCGCAUCGAUGCCCAUUCGUCCGGACCUCUGCAGCCCAGCUGUUGCACGUGGUGCUGCAGGGGUGACUCCCAGUGCCCCGCCAGCAGAGGAGGGUCUGGAUGAUGAGCUGUGCGCCGGCGGAACUGCUAGCGAAGAGCUCCCUACUAAAAGUCACUCGCAGCAGGAUCCGUCAGGGCAGCCGGUCACCAUGUCCCCCAGUGCCUUCAGCCACACGCCGGGCGCCGCACUGCCUCCCGGCCACAGACAGCAGGAGGCGUCAGCACCGCUGUUCUGCGUGUCCACUGGAGCGACCAUCCCUUUCUUCACUGAGGAAAAUGUGACUCCAAUCCCCACCUCCUGUUCGCUCAUUCUUCCUCCAGAAUACAGCAGCUGCGACUACCCACAU